AUGGAACAAACUCUUACAUCUGAUUCAUUUUUGUCACCAUUCCAUGGCAAAACAAUUGUACUCGAACUUGGUCGUGAAACAGGUUUUAAAGCUAAACAAGAACUGAUCAACUAUUUAAGAGAACAACAAGCCAACAUUUCAUAUAUUCUUAAAGCUAGUACUGACUACGUUUUAGUCACGAAUAAUGUAGAUACCUACAAGACACGUCGUGCUAAACACCUCGGCUUGCCACUGAUCAAUGUUGAAUAUGUAUACGAAUAUCGUCGCUUGCCAUCUGAUCAAACAUCAUUAGAUAUUAGCAAAUAUAUCAUCAAAUCGAUUGAAGAUCAAGAAAAUUUUACAAAGACUGGUACUAUUUCUGUUACGGGGUUGCGAGUGAAUAUCAGCAAAGUCAAUAAAUUUGAUUUGAAUAAAAUCAAACUAUGGAAUUGGGACGAUGCUGAAUUACCUCGUUUUGAUGAGUCUACACAUUGUGAAAUUGGCAAAUGGGCUAUUUUCAAAGAAACCAACGAUAAUUCAGAUGUAUUUUUUGUUCUUGAACUUCAAGUUAUUCCUGAGCAAUACUACGAUCGAAACACGAGUGAUUAUAGAAUACGGUUCCGAUAUGAAAAGCAGACUAUUGUUGAAGGAGGACAACAACAAGAUAGAAAUGUAUUAAUACAGUAUGCAUUUAGUGAUGAUCCAAAUGAACAACAACAAUUGUUUGCAUCAUACUAUAAUCGAGUAGUUACAAUGCCACGUGUAACAAGAAUUCGUGAGAUGUUACCUGAUAAAUUAGGAUCGAAACUAUUGUUACGUACUUUAUUUACUCAUCGUAUUGAUACGCAAAUACUCGAUGAGAAGGUAUGCCAAUUGAUAGAAUCGAUUUGGAUUGAAUCUAUCGGUGAUCUGAAUAAAAUGUUGAGUGUACCACCUGAAUCAAUUACUCUGAAAACGAUCAUCGAAGCUGAAGCUACACUACUUGAACUACGAUCGACUAAUGAUCCUGUUGCUGCACAUCGUUUCUAUUCCCUUAUUCCCCAUCAACCACAGUACUAUGUUGAUCUCGUAAAGAAUCGUCGAAUAUUGAUCGAAAAGAUUGAUUUGUGUCAAAUGCUUCGAGAUAUGCUAACAGUCAAUGAACUAACCAAUUGGAAUAUUAAAGCACCGAUCGAAGCCAAAUAUCGAGCAUUGAAAUGUCAUAUUGAAACAGUAGAUAGUUCGACACUGAAAUUUAAGAAUGUUGCCGAACUUAUUCAAUCAUCGACAAAUAGUAGUGAAAAAAUUGUUAUUCAUCAUGUAUUCAAUGUCACCAAACAGACAGAUACACUGAAUUUUCGUACUUCACUAUCUCAUCAACGACUUCUAUUUCAUGGAUCAAAAUAUGCUAAUUUUCUUGGAAUUCUUUCACGUGGUUUAACCAUGCCAAAAAUGGUAGUUGAAGAAUUAGGUGUCGUUCGUACUGAUAUUGGUUGUCUUGGUUAUGGAAUUUACUUUUCGGAUUCGGCUUCUACAUCGUUAAAAUAUACAACACCAAGUACAACACGACCGGGACGACGAUUAUUGUGCAUUUGUCAAGUAGCGCUGGGUGAAUCAGCCAAUUAUUAUUCAUUUUCACCGAAUCUCAUCAAACCUCCUGAUGGUUUUCAUAGUACACAUGGAGUCAAACGAACAGAAGAAUAUCGUUCGAUGUUUAUUGAUAAUGAAUAUGCAAUCUAUCAACUCGAUCAACAGCGUUUACUAUACAUUGUAGAAGUUUCAUGGGCACCGAACGAUGCUCUUAAUAUCGAAUUAGAACGAUUGCCAAUUGUUCAUCAUCAACAACAUGCAUUAAAAUUGAGUGAAAAUGUCGAAGUUCCAUUGACAAUGGAUGAUGAAGUCAUUGAAGUAGCCGAACAAGACUAUGGUUUAGUAUGUCCAUCGUCAGGAAAACUUGUACCACUUAAAUCAUUUCAUAUUCGUGCUCACAUUGUUGAUUCUACAGUUGAAGUUGUUCUCUAUCAAGUCUACCACAACACAAGUUCAACACCAAUCGAAGCUAAAUAUGUGUUUCCUCUUGAUGAAAAUUCGGCUGUAUGCGGUUUUGAAGCACAUAUCAACAAUAAAGUUAUAAAAGGCGUCGUUAAAGAAAAAGAACAAGCCAAACAGGAAUAUCGAAAAGCAAUCGAAAAAGGUCAUGGUGCCUAUUUGAUGCAUCAAGAACAAGCUCAAGUGUUUAGCGUAGCUGUUGGUAAUUUACCAGCGAAUAAUGAAGUCAUCAUUAAGAUAACCUAUGUUGCUGAGUUAGAAAUCGAAAAUGGUGAUAUCAUCUUUCGUCUUCCAGCUAAAAUGGCUUCAUGGCAAUCGAAACAAGCAAUCGAAGCUAAAGAUCAAUCGAUUGUACGAUCUAUUGGUAUUGUUGAUGAAAAAGUCGAAUUCAGUUUCAAAGCAUCGAUUCGAAUGCCAUAUGAAAUCAUCAAAUUAUUUUCACCAACACAUCGUCUUCGUCGAAAAUUAGCUGAUUGUAUAGCUAUGGUUGAACUUGUCGAUAACGUCUUACUUGAUCGAGAUUUUGUUCUUUCUAUUACACUCAAAAGUGCUAAUUUACCUCGAAUAUCAAAUGAAACAUUGUCAUUGGAUGAUGACCAAGUCACAACAACAACAACAUCGAACACUAAUUCUCAAGCAUGUAUGCUUACAUUUUAUCCGCGAUUUGAAACAUUAAUGAAUUCGAACGAACAAAUUGAAAUUAUUUUUAUUAUUGAUGUAUCCAAUUCGAUGGAUGGUAGUCAUGUACAACAGGCUAAACAAUUAGCUCAUUUAUUCCUUAUGAAUUUAAAAGUUAAUGAUAGAAAUACAAUUUUCAAUGUAGUUACUUUUGGAUCAGAUAAUGAUGAAUGUUUUCCGAUUUCAACACCAACAACAAAAGAAAAUCUUGAUAAAGCCAAACAUUUUGUUCUGCAUUCACUUGUCCAUCGUGGUAAUACAGAUCUAUUUUCUGUUCUUCAUCGUUAUUCACUUUUACCAUCGUUAACAUCAUCGAAAUUUGGUCGACAAUUUAUUCUUCUAUCCGAUGGACAUAUUCAUGAUUUUAAAUCAAUUCUUACAUUACUCAAUCAUCAAUCAACUAUGCGUUAUGAUCGUUUAUUUACAUGUGCCAUAGGUAAUAUUGCUGAUAAACACAGUUUGAAACAAUUAGCUCGCGGAGCAUGUGGAGGUGGUUUCGCAACAAUAUUCGAUUCAAAUUAUCGAUCAAAAUGGAAAACAAAAGUAUUAAAUAUUCUCGAACAAAUUCGACAACCAUGUAUUACAAGUAUAUCAAUCGAUUGGCAUGGUCAACUAGAUGAACAACAAAAAUUGAAUAUGCAAGCACCGAAAAUAAUUCGACCAUUGUUCAAUGGAAUGCGACUUAGCGUCUAUCGAUUUAUACAAAAUUGUCACAAGGCAACAUUAAUAGCGACUAUUGAUGGACAAGAACUUAUUACAACUGUAUUUAGUAGUGCAAUAACAACGACCAAAGGACGCAUGCUACAUUGCCUAACUACUCGAGCCAUUAUCGAUGAUUAUGAAAAUGGACUAUUGCAUGUAGAUGAGAGCGAAAAUGAAUUAAUGAAAAUUCAAUGUAAACAAGAUCUCAUUGAUCUAAGUAUCAAACAUUCAGUUGUAAGUGAAUAUACUAGUUUCAUUGCCAUUGAAGAACGUGAUGCUAAAACAGAUACAUAUAUUCGUCAACCAGGUAUUCGUCUUCUUGAUGUUAUGCUUGAUCGGGAUAUCGAUUUAUUACCAUAUAUUGGAUGGGAGGGUGAUGUAUCAAAGAUAAUAUCAAUCAAACAAAAAUUAAUUGAUGCACGUAUGUCACUUGAAUGUGCAUCGAUACAAAGCAAAAAAGAAACGAUUACUGAUAUUGAAAAACUCUGUGAAAAAAUUUCCUAUCGAACAGGUGAUGAUACUAAAUUUGAUAUGAUGAUUUCUCUUAUACAUACGUAUCGUUAUUCAUUGAAUGAAUAUGAAAAAGCAAAUCAACUUGAAACUAAAAUGCUAAAUGAUAUUAAGAUUGAAAUGAGACAUGCAACAACAGAAGAACGACAAGCAUUACAACAACAAUGUGACGCUAAGAAUUUGAGAAUUACAAGUGACGAACACAUGGGCGAUCUCGGAUUACAAGAAAUAUUAGCACUUCUAUAUUUUGAUAAUUUUUAUUUUUCAGAAACAGUGAAAGAUACAUCUGAAAAUCGUUCAUCACAACGAAAGUCAAGAUGGGAACCAGUCGUGCAUUAUGAUGAAGAGGAUGAAGAAGAUGAAGAUGAUGCUAUGAAUGAAGAUGAUGAUAUGUAUGUCAACUCGUUCGAACAAGAGAGCGACAUGUGCUACUAUAUAUCACCAAUUUCAUCAAAUCAACCUUCGCCGCUACCUGCAUUUAGUCCAUCAUUUCCAGGACUGCCUACACCAUCAUUACAACGACAAGCAGAAGUUCGAAAUCAAUAAAAUGCUAGUAUUUGUUCGCCUUAUCUUCCAACAACAGCAUUAUCACCAUCAUCAUCAAUCAGCUAUUCCAACAGAAUUCCCACCUUUCUUCCUGGUCUAUCAAACAAUUUUGCUUCCCAAACUCUCGAAAUUGGUAUUCGUAUGGAUGUUGAUAAAUAUGGUAUACUUCGUAUCAAUGCUGAAGAGAUGCGUUCAGGUGCCAAAGCUUCAUUUACUAUUGAUUGGAGUAGACAGAAAAAAUUCACAAGAGAUGAAUUUAGGCAACAUAUUCAAUAUGUACACAGUGAUCCAAAUUUUACAGCAAAAUCUAUUUAUGACCGUCAACCUAGUGAUCCAUUGUACAUGCUUGAUGGUCAAACUGAAAAUGUAAUACACAACUUUUGUGGUGAAUCUAUUACUUCAUUCGAUCAAAAGGAUGAUACUCCACUUCUUAGUCAACUGAAAGAUGUUCGAUCAACAAAAACUAUGAUUGAAGAACUUCUCAAACUCCAGUCUGAGGAUGGUUCAUUUAUGUUAAAUAAAGAUUUAGCUAAUAUAUUUCAUAUCAAACUUGAUACUUUCAAUGAUCUUGAACUGUAUUUACACAAACAAGGUUUUAAUUCUCUCGCUCUAAGUAUACGUAAUGAAAUUUUUCGUUUAAUUGGUACCGGUGUUAUUUUAUUUUGGCUCGUUCUUCAAACUGAAACUGUACAACAAGAUACACUUGACUGUUUCUUUAACAGUGAACAAAUCAAAGUCCAUCUUUGCAACUAUUUACCCGCCAACAUGCACGAAAAGAUUGACAAAUCAAUCAAAUUCUAUCAAUUAACUAGUCAACGUCAUAAUUUAUAUUGUAGACAACUAGAAUUGAACGUUUCAUCAUGGGACAUGUUCAUUGAAUGUAUUCUUAUUGGUGUCGAUCGUGGCAAUUCUUAA